UUACGGGUCAUCACCGUCAACAAAGUCAACACCGUCAACAAAGUCAACAAGGUCAUCAUCGUCAACACCGUCAACAAAGUCAACACCGUCAACAAGGUCAACAAGGUCAUCAUCGUCAACACCGUCAACAAAGUCAACAAGGUCAACAAGGUCAUCAUCGUCAACACCGUCAACAAAGUCAACACCGUCAACAAGGUCAACAAGGUCAUCAUCGUCAACACCGUCAACAAAGUCAACACCGUCAACAAGGUCAACACCGUCAACAAGGUCAACAAGGUCAUCAUCGUCAACAAAGUCAACACCGUCAACAAAGUCAACAAGGUCAUCAUCGUCAACACCGUCAACAAAGUCAACACCGUCAACAAGGUCAACACCGUCAACAAGGUCAACAAGGUCAUCAUCGUCAACAAAGUCAACAAGGUCAACAAGGUCAUCAUCGUCAACAAGGUCAACAAAGUCAACACCGUCAACAAAGUCAACACCGUCAACAAGGUCAUCAAAGUCAACACCGUCAACAAGGUCAACACCGUCAACAAAGUCAACACCGUCAACAAAGUCAACACCGUCAACAAGGUCAUCAAAGUCAACACCGUCAACAAGGUCAACACCGUCAACAAAGUCAACACCGUCAACAAAGUCAACACCGUCAACAAGAUCAUCAUCACCGUCAACAAGGUCAUCAUCAUCAACACCGUCAACAAAGUCAACACCGUCAACACCGUCAACAAAGUCAACACCGUCAACAAGGUCAUCAAAGUCAACACCGUCAACAAGAUCAUCAUCACCGUCAACAAGGUCAACAUUGUCAACAAGGUCAUCAUCGUCAACAAGAUCAUCAUCAUCGUCAACAAGGACCUUCGCGUCGCUCAGAGAGGAAAUGUCAAUCUUCAGGAUUCAUCUGAUAAACUCAUCACGUCCAUCAAGUGUGAGAAGAUGAACAGCAUUGUGUUCAAACAAUGA